AGGAUGAUAACUCUCUCACUUCCCGCUCCCGCCAAGUUCCCUCCACCUUCUCUCAAACACUCAAAGCCUUCUGGCCAAAACCUUCAACUAUCAUCACCCCCGUUGAUCAAACAACCCCACAACUUUGAGCCUCUUAACAGCCGUCUGAUCCACCACCUCAAUGAGGGCCAUCUUCAGAAGGCCAUUUCCACUCUUGAUCUAAUGACUGAACACAACAUCCACCCAGACCGCUUCACCUACUCUUUCCUCCUCAAAUCCUGCAUCAGGUCACGUGCCUUCCACCUCGGCAGACACGUGCACUCGCAUUUGAUGACUCACUCAAAACCGGAGCCCAACUCAGUUAUUCUCAAUUCUUUAAUUAGCUUGUACUCUAAAUGCGGCGACUUGAAUGAAGCCAGUAUGAUAUUCGAAACUAUGGGGGAGAAACGAGACUUGGUUUCUUGGAGUUCAAUGAUUUCGUGUUUCGCAAAUAAUGGGAAACAAUUUGAAGCACUUCUUGUGUUCGUUGAAAUGCUUGAGUGCGGAUUUCACCCUAAUGAGUAUUGCUUUACAGCUGUGAUUAGGGCCUGUUCGAACAUGAUGAGUUUUUCGAUUGGGAAAAUAGUUUUUGGGUUUUUACUAAAAUGUGGGUAUUUUGAGAGUGAUGUGUGUGUUGGGUGUGCAUUGAUUGACAUGUUUGUGAAAGGUGGUGGAGAUUUGGAGUCAGCUUUUAGGGUGUUUGAUAAGAUGCCUGAGAGAAAUGUGGUUUCGUGGACAUUGAUGAUUACAAGAUGUGCGAAAUUGGGGUACCCGGGAGAUGGGAUUGGUUUGUUUCAGGAUAUGAUUUUAAGUGGUUUUGUACCGGAUAUGUUUACAUUAAGUGGGGUUGUUUCGGCUUGUUCUGAGUUAGAGGUGUUGAGUUUAGGGCAGCAAUUGCACUCUUGGAUUAUAAGAACAGGAUUGGCAUUAGACGUUUGUGUUGGUUGUAGUUUGGUAGACAUGUAUGCAAAGUGCACAGCGGAUGGAUCUAUGGAUUAUUCUAGGAAGGUUUUUGAUCGGAUGCUUGAACAUAAUGUUAUGUCAUGGACUGCAGUUAUUACAGGAUAUGUGCAGAGUGGAGGGUGUGAUAAGGAAGCUAUAAAGCUGUUCUGUGACAUGAUACAGGGGGGACAUGUUGCGCCGAAUCAUUUCACAUUUGCUAGUGUAUUGAAAGCAUGUGGAAAUCUUUUGAAUUCAGGUUUAGGUGAACAGGUUUACACCCAUGCUGUGAAAAGGGGUCUUGCUUUAGAUAAUUGUGUGGGAAAUUCCCUUAUUAGCAUGUAUGCUCGAUCUGGUAGGAUGGAUGAUGCUCGGAAGGCUUUUGAAUCCUUAUUUGAGAAGAAUUUAGUUUCUUAUAACACAAUGGUUGAUGCGUAUGCCAAAAAUUUGAAUUCAGAAGAGGCCUUUGAACUUUUUAAUGAAAUUGAAGAUUCAGGAGUUGGGGUUAGUGCUCACACAUUUGCUAGUCUCUUGAAUGGGGCAUCAAGUAUUGUUGCAACUAGUAAGGGUGAGCAAAUUCAUGCUCGGAUAAUAAAAUCUGGGUUUGAGUCUAACUGCUGCACUUGUAAUGCUUUGAUAUCCAUGUAUUCUAGGUGUGGCAGCAUAGAAGCUGCUUUCCAAGUUUUUAAGGAGAUGGAUGAUAGGAAUGUUAUAUCUUGGACUUCAAUGAUCACUGCUUUUGCAAAACAUGGAUUUGCAGCCAGAGCUUUGGAAAUAUUCCACGAAAUGCUUGAGGCUGGAAUACGACCAAAUGGGAUUACCUAUAUUGCUGUUUUGUCAGCUUGUAGUCAUGUGGGUUUAACUUCUGACGGAUGGAAACACUUCAGGUCAAUGUAUGAAGAACAUGGGAUUGUUCCGAGAAUGGAACAUUAUGCAUGUAUGGUUGAUUUGUUGGGCCGAUCUGGAUCCCUUGAGGAAGCCCUUGAAUUUAUUAGAUCAAUGCCCUUUGUGGCAGAUGCUCUAGUAUGGCGUACAUUUCUUGGAGCUUGCCAUGUUCAUGGUGACACAGAACUUGGGAAACAUGCUGCAAAGAUGAUUCUGGAGCAGGAUCCAAACGAUCCAGCAGCAUAUAUCCUAUUGUCAAACUUGUAUGCUUCUGCAGGUCAAUGGGACGAUGUGGCAGAUAUCAGAAAGAGCAUGAAAGAGAGAAAUUUGAUAAAAGAAGCGGGUUGUAGCUGGGUAGAGGUGGAAAAUAAGGUACACAAGUUCCACGUUGGAGAAACAUGUCACCCACAAGCACAGGAGAUUUAUGCUGAACUGGACCAAUUGGCUUUUAAAAUAAAAGAACUGGGCUAUAUCCCUAACACCAGUUUUGUUCUUCAUGAAUUAGAGGAGGAACAGAAGGUUCAAUAUUUGUUUCAACACAGUGAGAAAAUUGCUGUUGCAUUUGGUCUUAUUAGCACAUCAAAAUCAAAGCCCAUCCGGGUUUUUAAGAAUCUUCGUGUUUGCAGAGACUGUCAUACUGCCAUAAAAUACAUUUCAGCCGCUACUGGCAGGGAAAUAGUGUUAAGGGAUUCCAAUCGUUUUCACCAUAUCAAGGAUGGAGCAUGCUCUUGUAACGAUUACUGGUGAUUUGCUACAUUUGAAGUUCUAAAAAUCUUGAUCCAGCUACAAUUAAUGAUCAGUGUUGGAACCUGACUCUAAUUCUUCA